AAGCAUUCUUUCCACCAUGGCCCUGCCAAUCCGUCCAAAGAUGACGGGCAGCAUGCUUCCACUGCUGCGGCCGGUGAGUCAUGAAGCUCCGACGGCGAUCAGCCCGAGGGAAUGCAGGUGGACAACUAUACCACUGGCGCCCAGCAAGGUUUGGCGUACUUUUGCAAACGCAUCCCAGGCACUGGUGCCGGGCUCUGAGAUGACCGGACCGCUGCCGAGCAGCUCGGAGGAGAGUGUCUCCAGAGAUGCCUCCCCUGAGCGUGUCAAAGACAGGGAGAGGGAGAGCAAUCCCAGCUUGUCCUUAGGCUCGGUGCCGGACGAGUCUUUGCAGCUGCCGGCCUGGCUCGAGGAUUCGCCUGGCCAGGAGACCAGCUCCGGUGGCUUCUCCGACAUUUCGCCCUGAGGCGACCAAGAGCGGCAGCGCUGGACCCUGACCGGCCAAGCUGGUCGGCCAAGAUGGCAUGGGUUGUGUUUGUAUGUGCGAUAUAGAUCAAUUGAUUCA